AUGAAGCCUUCCUUCUUCGCAGCACUAUUCUUCAUCAUCUCCAUUUUGUUCCUCCAACAAAUCUCCUUCACAGACGCCCAGAAAGCAGGAGAAAUCGAGAACGUCUGCGCGCAAACCGAAGCCCCCGACCUGUGCAUUUCCAUCCUUAAAUCCGAUCCCCGAAGCAUCAACGGCGGCCUGAAAACGUUGGUCAUAAUCGCCCUCGAAAAGGCGCUGUCGUUGGCGGACGGUCUGAAGGACAGAUGCCCGGAUGCCUACGCCAGGCUGGUUAACCACAUCGGAGAAGCCAUACAGAGAGUUCAGAACGACCAGAUUCCGAUGGCUAUACUUAGCGUACUGGCUGGGCUUAACGAUGUUGCUUCUUGUUAUCACACUUCCCUCCUCACCAUUCUUCGUAUUGCUCUUACUCUUCUCAGACUCCUUAAGUAA